AUGGCAGCAACGUUCGUGUUCAGAAACAAUUGCAAGGAGACGAUCUACCCCGGCGUGCAGACGAACCCCGGCAGGCCGGCCUUCCCAACCACCGGCUUCCAGCUUCAGCCCGGCGCCGAGGCCCAAUACCGCGGCGUCGCGGGCACCUGGGCCGGCCGCAUCUGGCCUCGCCACCGCUGCUCCCCCGGCGGCGCCUCGGACGGCGGCUUGUCGUGCGCGUCCGGUGACUGCGCGGGGAGGCUCGAGUGCGGCGGCGCCGGCAACCAGCCGCCGAGCACGCUGGCCGAGUUCACGCUCGGCGGCUCGGGCGGCAACGACUUCUACGACAUCAGCAACGUCGACGGCUUCAACGUGCCCCUCCGGAUCGGGCCGGUCGGCGCCGGCUGCGCGACGGUGACGUGCGGCGCCGACAUCAACGCGGCGUGCCCGCCGGAGCUGGCGGUGAGGGCGGCCGAUGGCGGCACGGUGGGGUGCAGGAGCGCGUGCCUGGCGUUCGGCACCGACGAGUACUGCUGCCGCGGGGAUCACGGGACCCCGGACAGGUGCAGGCCGAGCAGGUACUCGGAGUUCUUCAAGCACAAGUGCCCGCAGGCCUACAGCUACGCCUACGACGACAGGACGAGCACGUUCACCUGCGCGACCGGCGCUGGCUACAGCAUCGUCUUCUGCCCUUGACCGGACCGGCGUAUUUUUUUUCAAAUAAAAUUUGUGUAUCAUGUAUGUCCAGCGGCGGAACCAGAAAAAUUUUGAAGGGGGGCCAAGAGGCUAAGCCAACAUAUGGCCAUGGCGGCGGCCGGCGGCGUUACUGCGACGUAUGUACAUCUGCAGUUCGGCUGAGGCGUCCGUUAGUUUGUUAUACCAUUGCAAAAAUGAUUCAGAGUCUAUGUGCCAUGUCUGCGGCUAGGGGCGAAGCUACCUCUAAAAUUAUCAUGGUGCAACCGUUAAAGACCAUAAAAAAUUAACAAUACAUGGUAAAUGCAAGUCUAGCUAGUGCUAAAUUUUUCAUUACCCUGGUGCAUCGGUACCAGGCAAACUGUACGUAGCAUUAACCCUGGCUGCGGCUCCUCCUAAAAUAGCUUUGGUACAGUUUUUUGAUGAAGUAGAAAUUGAAGUUGUGUUAAAAAAUUGUUUCGUAAAACGGCUUCAGUCGCCUAGGAUCAUGGUAGCCGCGAGAAGCCACAAUUUUUUGCUCACAGGCAAAGCCGUUUUAUGGCUUUAUUCACGGCUCCCAUGAUAAAAUCAUUUUGAAAAUGAUAUUUUGACAGAGCUUUCAUCAAAAGUCGGUGAGGAAGCUAUGCAAAACAGACUACUUUUUGCUUGUAAUUAUUGCCUCUUAGACUAUGUACUUGAUUUUAAUUGAAAAUACAACGUGAGCUACUUAGAUAUUGAAUUUAUCGUAGAAUCACUUAUCUAAUUAUUUGUUA